UCUUUCCCUCUUUUCUCUCUCUUUUUUUGGUUAGAGGAAGUUUUAUCCCUCAUUCAUCUUCCGAUAUAUAUAGCUUCCCCUAUAGUUUUAAUUUCAUCAUUCCUUCCCUUCUAACUUUGCCUGACUUCAUUUAAAUUCUAUUUUUUCAUUUAUGGCAAGUGACAUCAUCAAAUUGUUUGUGAUGAUGAUUACUUUGCUAGUUUUUAUGAAGUUAAAACCAUUGUUAGUAAAGGGUGAACAACAGGUGCCUUGUUUGUUCAUUUUGGGAGACUCUACAUUAGAUAAUGGCAAUAACAAUAAUCUCCUCACUGCUGCAAAGGCCAAUUACCCGCCUUAUGGAAUUGAUUUUCCUGAUGGCCCUACUGGUAGAUUCACCAAUGGACGGAAUAGAGCAGACUUCAUUGCUGAGCUAUUGGGUUUCGAUAAGUAUAUUGAGCCAUUUGCUACUGUGAAGGGUGUUGAUAUGUUUAGAGGCGUGAAUUAUGCAUCUGGUGCAGCUGGAAUUCUUGAUGAAUCAGGAAUUCAUCUGGGAGAUAGAAUAAGCUUGAAUAGACAAUUGCGAAAUCACAGAGUGACAAUUUCCCACAUGUCUACUCUGCUUGGAAAUAAGACCUUAAAUAAGGAGUAUCUAAGAAAAUGUAUAUACAUUGUUGACAUGGGAAACAAUGAUUACAUCAACAACUACUUGCUGCCCCAGUUCUACCCAUCAAGCCGUAUGUACACAUCAGAACAGUUUGCCAGAAUGCUAAUUAAGCAAUACACAAAACAAUUAAAGACAUUGUACCAUUACGGAGCAAGAAAAAUUGUUGUCUUUGGGCUAGGAGGCAUAGGCUGUGUUCCAGCACUGUUGGAUUUGUAUGGGACAGAGGACUCAGCAUGUGUCGACUCUAUAAAUAGUGCAGUUCAGAAAUUCUCGGACAAGCUUAAACCAAUGAUCGAUGAUCUCAACAGUAAUUUGCCCAAUGCAAAUUUCAUCUACAUUAAUUCAACAAGCAUUGCAGUAAGAGAUCCUUCAUCUAUCGGUAUAACAGAUUUACGUGAGCCAUGCUGCGAAAUUUCGACCACCAUAGCUGAUGGGCAGUGCAAAUAUGACGGAGGUGCAUGCACUGACAGAGCAGCACAUUAUUUUUGGGAUGGUUUUCACCCCUCGGAAGCUCCAACUAAGGUCAAUGCCGAAAGAGCUUACACUGCUCUUCUAUCCACUGAUGCCUAUCCUUUCGACAUAAGUCAGUUGGCUCAGCUCUAAAUAAUAUAGACUUUAGAGUUGUAGCCUGUAUUCAAACUUGAAAAGGAUCUUUCAUAUUCUUGAAGAAUGAGGGGCAAAGGGAUUGAUCAAACUUACCCCAAUCUUUAAAUAAACAAAUAUUCUGUUACCUUAUUCUGUAUAAUGUAAUUGAUUGAGUCAAUUGUGAUUGAGCUGAAACUUGAACGCGUUGCACAUAA